AUGAAGUUUGCUAAAGUGCUGGGUAUCCGGUAUGUUCCCGAUAAUGGAGGCUCACAAACCAACAAACAGAUCAAGGCCUUAAAGAAUGGAGCCGAGAUUGUUAUUUGUACUCCGGGUAGGAUGAUCGACUUUCUAUGUAAAAAUAAUGGGAGAAUGAUAAACCUUCAUAAGGUUACUUAUCUUGUUUUGGAUGAGUCUUAUAGAAUGUUUGACAUGGGUUUUGAACCUCAAAUAACUCACAUUGUUCAAAGUACACGACCUGAUCGCCAGACUGUGCUCUUCUCUGCCACAAUUCCGCGUACAGUUGAGCAACUGACACUCCGGAUACUGACUAAGCCUUCGCAAGCUACAUGUGAUUCUUUGUUAAAGAAUCUAUUAAUAUAUGGAUAUACUUGCCUCUCACUUCAUGGAGCCAAUGACCAGAUGGAUAGUGAGUCGGCAAUUUCAGAUUUCAGGAAUGAUGUCAGUAAGAUAUUGAUUGCCACAAGUGUUGCUGCUAGGGUAUUAGAUGUGAAGGAGCUUGAACUGGUCAUCAACUUCCAUGUCCCAAACCACUAUGAAGACUACAUCCAUCGUGUUGGUAGGACAGGUAGAGCUGGAAGGAAAGAAUCAUGA